UCAUUGGAUGAGCCUUCUAUCUUUCACCCAGGCAAAGGGAGAAAAAAAGGGAAAAGAAGUUGUUCACGUUUUAUCCUGGCCAAUUACAGGGCAGCUUUAUGAUGACAACGUGGGAUUCCGCGAAAUUGUUUCUUGGGAUUUGGAAGAAGUGGCGCUCACAUAAAUUAGGAGUAUUUGACGCGUGAGCCAGAGCCCAGGAGACACAAGACACUCUGCGGAGUAAGGUUACGAUAUUUACUCACUCACAACGACAAAAAAGCUUAAAAGACAAGAAAUUAGGCGGUGGCUUAGGUCGAAAGGCUAUUUGAGCGGAGCGGUGUUUAUUUACCCAGCCCACACCUCUUUGAGAAACGCAGCCUUAGCGGAAUAGUCACAUUGAAGACGACACGUGUGGAGUGUUAACCGCAUGCUUACUGAGGAGCCUCUGGUCCUUGUGUAUCCUGGUCAUUACUUUGGACAAUAACUGCUGCUUUUCCGUCUCUGCUCCUGCGGCAUCAUGUCCGAGUUGUCCACAGACUGCGCUCCUUUCAGACCAAUGAGCUGCGCAGAGGACGCGCUCAACGAAACCCAAGAGAACCGGACUUUGUUGAUGGUAGCAAUGAUUUUACUGGACUUGAAAAAGUGUAACCCUGGCGUAAUGGGCGCGCCCGGUGAGGUUUCUUCACUCGACCUAACAGAGAGGAGAGAAUGCCGGGUAAAGGCACCUAAACUGUCCCAGGCAAAGAGGAGAGAGCCCCGACAAGAAACUCUGGAGAAGAAGCACAGCUGUCCCUUUCCCGGGUGUGACAAAAUGUAUGGCAAAUCGUCCCACCUCAAAGCCCACUUAAGGGUCCACACCGGUGAACGUCCAUUUGAAUGCACUUGGCCCAGCUGUGGUAAGAAGUUCUCCCGCUCAGAUGAGCUGACGCGUCACUAUCGCACCCACACAGGAGAGAAGCGCUUCCAUUGUCCCCUGUGUGACAAGUGCUUCAUGAGGAGUGACCACCUGACCAAGCACGCCCGUAGACAUGCAGGUUUCCAUCCCAGCAUGCUCCAGGGCUCUGGGGGGGCAAAGAGGCGCCGCUGCUCUGUGUCCGUGUCCUCGUCUGAGUCUGGAGACCGCAGCCCCAUUGGCUCUGAGUGAAGCACAUCAUACACUUACAUUUAAAACUACAGGCACAUGAAGAGACAGGUUUACACAAGACACACCAACUGUGGUGUGUGCACUUGACCCACUUCCAGACCAGUCUGACCACUAGGAAUUUGUAUGCAUGUAACAGAGCGCAGCAAACUUUCCUCCUCAGCUUCCUCUACACAGUUUGUGUAUUUAUUUAAAACACUUCUUCUUGUUCAUGAAUUACAUGUGCCAUCAGGAUGGUAUUAAUAGAUAAAUAACUCGAUAAAGCAUUAACUUCUUAAGAGUUGAGGAACACGAUGAAUAAGCUGAUGGGCUGGAUUCAAUUUCAGAGUGUCACUCAGUGCAGACAUAGUCCUGUCUAGGUUUAUGUACAACAGUGUUAUGUAAAUGUCAUAUUACCAGAAAACUUAAUGCACUAAAAUGUGCAAAUGUAGUCUAGAUGAAUUUUGUUAAUUUUUAUUUAUAUAUUUGGCUAGGAACUUUAUAAUUAAGUAAAGCAUGUUGACGACCAUUUGUGCAAUGAAAAUGUGGUGACUUUUUCAUAAUAAUGGUAAAUUAUAGCAUUAUAAUAUGUAAUGCAAUGAUCUAUGCUAAUUUUUACAGUGUGUUUGAGUGUGGAAGUUUGAGUAACAACCCAGGGUUAAGAACACAUUUCAUGAUUCUCAGUUUUAGUUCAGACACAUUUACUCAAGGAGUGUAAACCAGGGCAAAACAUUCUGUGCCUUUCUAUGGGACCUGGAAAUCUACCUUAUUAAACCUUAUGCAGACAGUUGUUACACAUUAAGACUGGUCUUAAACACCAAUUGUGCCACUUAUGAAGCUGACUUCCAAUACAUUAAAGCAGAGAAUGUAUUCACCUGAUCGUUGUAGCUGUUUUUUUUGCCCCAUAGUUAGUUUCUGUAUGUAACCAUUUUAUCUUUGGAACAUUCUUUCUGUUUUAACUGUAAAGUGUGUCUCUUUUUGUUAUGGGAAUCUUGUGUGUUAACCAAAUAUUUAACAUUCACAAAUGUGGUCUCUUAGAGUCAUCUACAUUUGUACAGUUAAUCUGACUUUUGAACAUUGUCAAACUGUGAUACAUAUUUUGCUGGUGCCUUUCAGGUGAACGUUCUUAUUCUACUGAACUGUUACAAGUGGCUGCCAGCAGAGUCCAUAUUAUUGCAAUAUAUUAUAUGAUAUCAGAUUGAUGUUUUUUGAUGCAAAUGUCUCAAUAAUAAAGCGUAUUUUCUUUUUCAUAUGUUAUAUAAAUUGUAUUAUUACUCUUCUGUUUACUAAAUGAGUAACUAUACUCAGAUUAAUAUUUAUUCACUGACUGAAUGUCUGACACAGUAAUGCUUUAUAACUAUAAGAUUAGUGGUUUGCAUCCAGUCUUACCGUGUGGACAGUGGGACAUUGUGUAAUAAAGAUGAAAUUAAACAAAUCGCAACAAAAAAUAAAAAUGAUUAUUUUUUGCAAUGC